CCUGGACGAUCAUCAUUUACAAACAUAUAACGAUACUCCCGGGUUCAAACCAUUUACUUUAAGAAGUUAUUUGUUCGGUUUCUCAGUGGCAAAGAGUAUAACCAAACUGAGAUGAUCUCUUGGUUUGAGUACGUGUCUGCAUUAGCAUAAAAUUUAGAACUAAAUCAAUGUGCAGUGCAGCUGGAAGGUGUUUAUUUGAACUGACAAAUUUGAGGUGAACCUUGCAAAAUGAAAAAACAUAUCAACGAUAAUGCGAAAGGUCAAGUUUUCAUGACAGUGUGAGUUCUAGUCUACUUUUAUGAAAUUAAGUUUUUGUGUCGAUAAAUACUGAGUAGAACUAAAGUUAUUUUACUUAUCACACUAAGUCGUUGUCUAUUUUUAAAGGUUGUGUUGCGCUGCGUGCCUGCGUCAUUCCAUAUUCCACCCCUUUUUGCAUAUUUGCUCCGUUUAAAUGACCGCGAAGCAAAUGCAAAUUGCCAGAAGGCUUGAUAACGCGUCUCUGUAAACGUGAUGAAGUCUUCAACUGAUCACGUCAAUAGCACAUGUAGUUUUGGUUUCACUGUUGUACUAAAAAAGAUUCCUUCAGAAGUCUUUUAUACCAGCCAAAUGUCAGUCAUAAUAUUCAACAGCAUUUUACUUGUUGCAACUGCGUUCCUUAAUGGCCUUGCGAUUGUAACGAUCUUUAAAUCGUCUUACUUGAUGGGAAAGCCUUGCUACUUCAUCAUUUUGCUACAAUCGACCGUCGACUUGAUAUGCAGCCUUCUGGCUAUGCCAUUAUUUCUCGUUCACUUAGUACUUGCAAUUUAUGGAAUGGUAAACUGCGUCGUUUUUGUCAUGUCUAUGUUUGCAUUGUAUUUUACAUUAGGCGUAUCUAAUAUCACUUUACUUGCUCUUACAUGGGAACGAUACGUUGCCAUCUUGCAUCCUUUGGAAUAUGGCAGCAAAGUCAGCAAAAGAAAGUUGAUGGUUGGUGUAUGUUUUGCUGGGGUCAUCGACUGUUUCAUGAAAACUUUAUUUUUAACAAAAUUUCAACAUAGAGAAACAGUAUUGUACAACCUGGUGAAGGUCAUGAUUAUUUUUGUGUAUGCUAUAUUUGCAUACACUCGUAUCUUCUUGGUAGUAAAAAAGUUGGCUCGGUCCAGUAUAACACUAUGUAGUCCUGUCGACAAAAGCAAGACGACUAGAAGGAAGCUGUUCAUUCAGAAAGUCAAACAUGCAAAAUCAUGUUUAGUGGUUGUCUCUUGUUUUUCCGUACUCUACACCAUUCCAUCGUUUGUACACUUCAUCUUCAUGAGACAUGUGCAAGCAGGUGAUCUCUUUCUUAUUCGAACUUGGGCCCAAACUCUCGCGUUUACAAAUUCCUUGUUGAACUCCAUCAUAUUCUUUUGGAGUAAAACGAUGUUAAGAGAAGAGGCAUUAAAGCUUUUAAAAACGAUAAAUGAGAAAAUAAAGUUAUCUUCACUCUAAUCUUGAUCUUAAUAUAUAUAAUCAUUCAUUUGAUUAAUAUACAUGUCUCGUGUGACAAUUUGGAAAAGUUGUCCAAAACAUUGAGUUUCAUUUUAAAAUCAACCUAUUUACUAUAGUAGUCUCAGACUUGGAGUAUUGUGGACAAAAAUCACCGUUUCUUGCAUAGAUCAUGACCAUCAGACUCGUAUUAAACACUGUAUUAAAGAUAUUUAUUAAACAA